AUGCCGCCUCGCCGCCCGAAACAGCCGACGAGUUCAGAGCCAGUGAUUGGCCGCGCGCGCGGCGGCGGCGGCGGUCGAGGCCGCGGCCGUGGCCGCCACGCCCCCACGGCUGCACCUGCUGCUGCUGCUGCAGCCGCCACGCCCCCUCCUACUGCGUCUGCUGCUGCAGCUGUCGACGCGCUCGCGCAGCAGUUGGCCGCCGCGGCGCAGGUCAGCGGCGCUACGGCCGCGUCUUCUCCGCCGCCGGCGCUCGUGCAGCCGCUCGUGCAGACGCACUUCCCGCCGCGGCCCGGCUUUGGCGCGCUCGGCCGCCCCGUGAAGCUCUGGGCCAACCACUUCCGCGUGCACGUGGCCGCCGGCGCCGGCGACGUGUUCCACUACGACGUGGCGAUGGCCGAAGACGGGCGCAGCUUUGGCAACGAGGGGCCGCCCAAGGCGCUGGCCGCGCAGAUCCUCGCGGCGCUCGUGCAGGCGCUUGCGCGCGAACUGCCCGACGCGGUGGUCGUCUCGGACCGCCGCAAGAAUCUGUACGCGCCCGCGCGGCUGCCGUUCGCCCAGCGCACGUUCGACGCGCUGCAGCUGCCGCCCGACGGCGGGCGCGCGCGCGUGUUCGCGGCCACGGUCAAAGAGGCCGACCCCGUGGCCGUGCGCCUCGCGCAGCUCGACGCGCUGUUUGCCGGCCGCCUCAACUACACGCCCUACGACGCGCUGCAGGCGCUGGACGUGGCGCUGCGCCACUCGGCGGCCCAGCGCUUCACGGUCGUGGGCCGCAACCUGUUCCACGGCGCAGGCGCCGCGUCGCUGGGCGAGGGCGCCGAGCUCUGGUUCGGCUACUGCCAGAGCCUGCGCGCCACGCAGAGCCGCCUCGUGGUCAACAUGGACCUGGCGGCCACGGCGUUUGUCGAGGAGAGUGACGUGGCCACGUUCCUGUGCGCGGCGCUGGCGCUGCGGCAGCUGCCGUCGACGCUGGCCAAGCACCAGCACGCGGCCGCCAGCAAAGCGCUGCGCGGCGUCAGAGUGACGGUCACGCACCGCCCGGGCGUGCGCCGCAGCUACCGCGUGAACGGCCUCUCGAAGGACGCGGCCGACCGCACGUUUUUCGACACGGACGCUGGCGCGCGCGUAUCGGUGGCCGACUACUUUGCCGCCACGUACCAGCGCCGCCUGCAGUACCCGCAGCUGCCCUGUCUGCACGUGGGCGCGCCGCAGAAGCGCAACUACUUGCCGAUCGAAGUGUGCCGCGUGCUCGCGGGCCAAAAGAGCCCGCGCAAGCCCACGGACAAGCAGGUGGCCAACAUGAUCCGCUUCACGUGCACGCCGCCCGACAAGCGCAAGCGCGCGAUCGAGCAGAAGCUGCGCGAGGCGGGCUUUAGCACGGACCCCACGCUGCGCGCGUUUGGGCUGCGCGUGGACCCGCACAUGGUCGAGGCCACGGGCCGCCAGCUGCCGCCCCCGACGAUCGAGUACAGCGGCGGGGCGCGCGAGAACCCGCGCGACGGCGCGUGGAACAUGCGCGGCAAGCGCUUCCACACGCCGGCGCCGCUCAAGUCGUGGGCGGUCCUGAGCCUGUGCGACCCGCGGCGCUGCGGGCUCGGCGACCUGCAAAAGUUCUUUAAGGCAGUGGUGGCGCAGAUGGGGCAGCUGGGCAUGCGCUGUCCGGCGGUGCUGCCGCCCAUUCUGUUGAAGCAGCGCCGCGAGGAUACCGUGCGCACGAUGUUUCAAGCGGCAGUGAAGGCGGCGACGCAGACGUUCAAGACGGCGCCGCAAGUCGUGUGGAUGGUCAACCCCGUGGCGGACGCGCGCGCGUAUGGCGAGCUCAAGCUCAUGUCGGACACGGAAGCGGGCGUGGGCAUUGUGUCGCAGUGCAUGCUGGCGAAGCACAUUCCCAAGUGCAGUCCGCAGUACAUUGCGAACAUUCUGAUGAAGGUAAACACGAAGCUGGGCGGCCUGAACGGCGUCAUUAGCGGUCCGCUGCCGCGCGUGUCGGCGUCCCGCACCAUUGUGUUUGGCGCCGACGUGACGCACCCGAGUCCACUGGACCGAACGCGGCCGUCGAUCGCGGCCGUGACGGCGUCCAUGGACACGCACUUUGUCCGCCACGCGUCGACGAUCCGCGCGCAAGGCCAUCGCGUGGAACAGAUUGAGAACCUGAAGGACAUGGCCGUGGAGCUGCUGAAGCAGUUUUACCGCCAGACGCACGGCAAGCCGGACCGCAUUGUGUUCUAUCGCGACGGCGUGAGCGAAGGGCAGUUCCACAUGGUGCUGAACCACGAAGUGACGGCGCUCCGCGAGGCGUGUCGGGCGCUGGAGGUGGGGUACAUGCCACCGAUCACGUUUGUGAUUGUCCAGAAGCGGCACAACACGCGCUUGUUCCCUGCCGAUGCAAAAGACGCCGACCGCAGCGGCAAUGUCAAGGCGGGGACAGUGGUCGAUACGGCUAUUUGUCACCCCAUCGAGAACGACUUCUACUUGAUGAGCCACGCGGGGCUGCAAGGGACCAGUCGGCCCACGCACUACCACGUGCUGCUGAACGAGAUUGGGUUCACGGCGGACGAGCUGCAGACGCUGACGUACAAGCUGUGCUACACGUUUGCGCGCUGCACGCGUUCUGUGUCGAUGGUGCCGUCUGCGUACUACUCGCACCUGGUCGCGUUCCGUGCCCGUUUCUUCUUGGUGGACAGCAGCGACUCUGGCUCGACUGUGUCGGGGUUCAGCGAGACGGCUCCGGAGACGGACACGCGCAUGUACGACGUGCAUCCUGCGAUGAAGAGCGCGAUGUACUUUGUGUAG